ACUGCUCUAUUGUACUGCACUGGCUUGGUACAAUAGACCUGGAGACACUGGAGACAUUGACAUGAAUACAACGAGAAGAGGGGCACACAUCCAACUCAGAGCAACAGGUGGUGGACUGCAUGACUUGAAGAGUGUUGCAUCAUUUGACAUGUUGUAUCGUUUGAAUUUGAAGCCAUGCUGUGUGAGAGCAUACUAUGGAGCAUGACCUACUGUAGUGACCAGGAGAGACUGGACCCUCUCCUCCCUGUGAUAGAGCCCCCCAAGAGUAGUGUGAGGGCUGGCUCACAGCCGGUUAAAGCCGCCCUGCUCUCCACACUCCAGGCCUCUCCAGGCCAGCCAAGCAGAAAUGGCCACUCCAUCUUGCCUAGGGUGCCCCAAAACCAGAGGCCUUCCCGGGUGAGUGCCCAAAUCCAGCCCCAGGCUUCUUCUCCAACGCAGGCCCUGCAUUCCCAGAGGCCCCAUCCUGGCAGACACAUCUCCCCAGAGAUGGAGAUCCCUGGGCAGGCUCAUUCUGGUGGUGAGGUCCCCUUCCUGGUGCCCUCCUCCUGUCAGAGUAUCUGUCAGAACUACAGCGACCUUCACAUCGGGGGGGACCAGGUGCUGCCUCUCUCAGACAAUGAUGGGGAGCUCCUGCCCUGCAGCGACACCCAGGCUGACGGCCCCUUUCUCUUUUCCUGUGACGUCCUCCCGGCCACAGAUGACUCUCCCCCAGAUCGGGCCUCUGAAGACAGGCCACUGUGUCCUCUCCAGAGGGGCUCAGGCUUGGGAUCCUCCCGCUGGAGGGCGGGGAGCGGCCGCGACCGGAGCUUCCUCCUCCAGGGGUGUGAGGGGCCCCUUUCCAACUCGCUGCUCAACCGCUACCUGGAGCACAAGCUACUGGACCUGUACCAGCAGUACAUGCUGGAGAGCAUGGCCCGGGAAGGGGGUUGUAGUGAGGGUUUUCCCAGCCAUCUGCUAGCCUCAGAGCUGCUUCUGACCAGCCUGGAUCAGAUCACCCUGCAGCUGAGCCGUGAGGGCCACCUGGAAGCGGGCCGGGCCAAAGACAUGGUGCUCAGCUGCCUGCUGAGGGUGGCCAGCGGCCUGCAGUCCAGUGAGAUCAGUACUCCCCUGCUCCAGAUCUCCAUUGAUCUGCAGCUCCCCACUGCUACUGCUACAGCUGCUGCUACUGCUGCUGCUACUGUUACUACUGCUAGUAAUUCUGCUGCUGUUACUGCUGCUACUACUACUCCUGAGCACCUCAGGGACCGCUCAGCUUCACCACUGACCCCCCAGUUAAAGACAUCCUUUGACCCCUGA